AUGAGGGCACGCACGCUCUCCCUCCUCCUCCUCUUGCUCGCGGCCGCCGCCAGUUCCUUCACCCCGUCGACAUCCACCGACACCAUUUACCGGAACACGUCCCUCACCGGCAACCAGACGCUGGUCUCGGCCGGCGGCAUCUACGCGCUGGGCUUCUUCAGCCCGGCCGGCGCCGACGGCAGGACGUACCCCGGGAUCUGGUACGCCAGCAUCCCGGGCCCGACGACCGUCGUGUGGGUCGCCAACCGCAGGGACCCGGUGGUCAAUUCCCCGGCCGCUCUCCAGCUCUCCGACGGCGGCCGGCUUGUCAUCCUCGACGGCAAUAACGACACCGUGUGGUCCUCCGCGGUGCCCACCGUCGGGAACGUCACCGCCGCGCAGCUCCUGGACACCGGCAACCUGGUGCUCAGCGCCGACGGCAGCGGCUCCUGGCCGAGCGUGGCGUGGCAGAGCUUCGACUACCCGACGGACACGCUGCUCCCGGGCAUGAAGCUCGGGGUGGACACCAGGGCCGGCAUCACCCGGAACAUCACGGCGUGGCGCAGCCCGUCCGACCCGUCGCCGGGCGACGUCACGUUCAAGCUGGUCAUCGGCGGCCUGCCGCAGUUCUUCCUCCUCCGGGGCGCCACGAGGGUGUACACGAGCGGGCCGUGGAACGGCGACAUACUCACCGGCGUGCCGUACCUCAAGGCGCAUGACUUCACCUUCAAGUUGGUGUACAGCCCCGACGAGACGUACUACAGCUACUUCAUCCGCGAGCCGUCUCUGCUGUCGCGGCUCGUCGUGGACGGCGCGGCGACGCAGCUGAAGCGGUUCUCGCUCAACAACGGCGCGUGGAGCAGCUUCUGGUACUACCCGACCGACCAGUGCGACUACUACGCCAAGUGCGGGCCGUUCGGGUACUGCGACACCGACCGCUCCCCGCCGUGCAGCUGCCUGCCGGGGUUCGUGCCGCGGUCGCCCGACCAGUGGAGCCAGAGGGAGUGGUCGGCCGGCUGUGUCAGGAGGACGAACCUGAGCUGCGACGGCGGGGACGGCGACGGGUUCUGGGUCGUCAACCGGAUGAAGCUGCCGCAGGCCACGGACGCCACGGUGUACGCCGGCAUGACGCUGGACCAGUGCAGGCAGGCGUGCCUCGGCAACUGCAGCUGCGGGGCGUACGCCGCCGCGAACAACAGCGGCGGGAUCGGCGUCGGGUGCGUCAUCUGGACCGUCGACCUGCUGGACAUGCGGCAGUACCCGAUCGUCGUGCAGGACGUGUACAUACGGCUCGCGCAGUCGGACAUUGACGCCCUCAAGGCUGCAGCAGCAGAUAACCAUCAGCGUUCACACAAGAGCAAGCUGAUCAUCAUCAUUGUCGCGACUAUUUCCGGUGUACUUUUUCUGCUAGCAGCGGUUGGAUGCUGUUGUUUCUGGAUGAAGAAGGCAAGCAGGAAAGGUGAAGGUGAGGACAUGGCGUCGUCCUUGCCUCCGAGUACUGCAGAUUUCGCGCUUCCGUACAGGGUCAGGAGCCAGCCUUCGUUGAGCCCACCUCCGUCCAGGAUCAGGAGCCAGCCUUCGUUGAGCCCAGUACGGGAUCACAAACAGCUUCUUGAUGCCUCGGAGGAAACGAGAUACUACUCCGACAAAGAUGUUGACCUUCCAUUGUUUGAGCUGGAGGUGACUCUGGCCGCCACGGACAACUUCGCGGAGCACAAAAGGAUUGGUGCAGGUGGAUUUGGCCCUGUUUAUGGAUUAUGCCAGGCAAAUAUAUUGAUAGGGAAGAGGAAACAGUUAAAGUACAGCUCCCAUGUGACAAGAAGCGUCAUCGAUCUUACUGCUUUACAUGGAGAAGCUGUUGACGUCCCAACCGCAUGGAUGCUGUGGAGAGAAGGGCGGAGCAUGGAGUUACUGGACGAGGCAUUGGGCGCCAGCUUCCACCACAGCAGGGUGCUGCGGUGCAUUCAGGUGGCGCUCCUGUGCGUCGAAGCGCAGCCGAGGAACCGGCCGCUCAUGUCGUCGGUGGUCACGAUGCUGGCCAGCGACAACGCCGUGCUCCCCGAGCCCAACGAGCCCGGGGUGAACCCAGGGAUGAGCACGUCGUCGGACACGGAGUCGUCUCGGACCCAGAACGCUACCGCCAACUACGUGACCGUCACCAGAUUAGAGGCGAGGUCCACGUCCACUGGCCACUCUUCCCUGUAA